UGAUUUCGUGAGCGCACUCCAAUUGGCAGCAUCUUCACUACAGCGCCGGCGCGUCAUCCUCAGUUCACAUCGACGGAACGAGUUGUAAGCAAAUGAGAACAUGUGUGGGAUCUGAGAGAGUGAGAAAAGGCAAAGGGGGGAUAGAGAGGGGAGCAAGAGGAGGUGCGAUAAAAGCCAAUUUUGUCAUCCUGACAAGUGGAUACGAGAUUUGAUUGUUGGACUAUUUUUUUCUUUAUAUUUUUCAGACUGGGAAUUUAUCGAUUCGCCACAUGCGCACGCCUCUUCAUUAUAAUUGCAGACAGUUGGGUGCUGUUCAGGCUGAAUGGACUUGAAUGUGCCGCUGCCAGCUUAAUCCGUGCAGACUGGAAGAUUUAAUAAUUCACGGUAAUAACGCAUUAUCGCCUCGGUGGAUGCUCUCUACACAGCCCUGUUGAUUUUUUUCUCUCCUCUCUUCUCUUUCCUCAUUCUUCCCGUUGUCUUCUGGAGGAUUUAUCGACGACUGCUUUGCAAAUAUGCUCCUUAUCUGAAAUAUCAUCUGUUGCUGCAACUGAAUUGAAAAGCCCCCAUGACUGGCUCUGACACGCGUUUGAGACUGACUGUCUUGAGGUGAUGUGGACUGUUAAAUAAGAGGCAUUUCAAUCCCCGUUUGAUAUUUUACUUCAGGUAAAAUGGACGAAAAAUUAUUAUUACUUUUAUUACUACUCUUAUCUCUCCACGCGAAGCUGUGAUUUUCUCUUGUAUCCAUCAUGAUCCUUCUACUCUGUUGAAUUGCCUCUCAUUGAUUCGGACUGUAUAAGCUUCAUAACCGUAUUACAAGGCGAAUUUCAACCUGAAGUGAUAUUAAGGACAGUGGGAUACGGGAAAUCGUGGAGGUAUUUCCCUCCCUUGCUUUUCCAUUUGAUUUAUUCCAUUCCAACUGAAGGGUAAAUGUUGAUGAUGGAGGACGACGAAUUAGACGCUCAUCAGGUUGAUUCGGAUUUCGAGCCGCAAAGCCGGCCUCGCUCGUGCACCUGGCCGCUGCCUUGCCCGGAGGAUUUCCCCGGCGGACACGAGGUCAACGGGGGUCUUCCGCUGGCCAACAUCAAGGUGGAACCGGAGGACGUCCCGGCUUGCAGAGCCGGGCUCGUGGGCGGAACGCCGGGAGAGCUGAAGCAUCCAGCCGGCGCCCCGGCACCCACAGGCGCGACGCACCCAUGCCUGGCUGGCGCGGCGCUCGAUGUGACCGGACCGCUGCGCAAAGCCAAGUCCUCGCGGCGGAACGCGUGGGGGAACCAGUCCUACGCGGAUCUCAUUACCCGCGCCAUUGAGAGCACCCCUGAAAAGAGACUCACGCUGUCACAGAUAUACGACUGGAUGGUCCGUUAUGUGCCCUAUUUCAAGGAUAAGGGCGACAGUAAUAGCUCAGCUGGCUGGAAGAACUCCAUCCGACACAACCUAUCCCUCCACACACGCUUUAUCCGGGUGCAGAAUGAAGGGACGGGGAAGAGCUCCUGGUGGAUGCUGAACCCAGAUGGAGGGAAGAUGGGCAAGGCCCCGCGUCGGCGGGCAGUCUCCAUGGACAACAGCACCAAAUACCUAAAAAGCAAAGGCCGCAUUAGAGGCAAGAGGGUUGGCCGUCCUGGGAUAGGAGCAGGGUCUGCUGUGGUGGGGCUCCAGGGCUCCCCCGACCAUGGCAGUCCACCACGGAAAGGCCUCCCCGGAGCUGGAGGUGCAUCUGGGACAGAUGGGGAGUUUGAUGCCUGGACAGACCUCCAUUCCAGGGCUAGUUCAUCAGCCUCGACCCUUAGUGGGCGUCUGUCACCCAUCCUUGCAGAGGAGGAGCCUGAGGAACCAGAGGAGGGUGGCCUGUCCUGUUCCACCUCACCCCAUCUCUACCCCUCACCGACCAGUGCCCGCUCUCCGUCCAUGGGGGCAGGAAAUCGGUGUCCCCCCCUUGAGCAGUUGCCUCAACUGGCUAACCUGACAGGUGCCAUCAGUUUGGAUGAGCAGCUGAUGGAGGAUAGUUAUCAUCACCAUCACCCACAGCAGCAGCAGCAACACCAGCAGCAUCCAGCUGUAGGCAGACACAAGCACCAAACCCCAGUCUACCACUACAGCUCUGGAGUCAAGGGGCAGAGCUCCUAUGGUGCAGGUGUCUAUGGUGCAACAGGCAUGGGGAUGCUGCGCCACCACUCCCCCAUGCAGACCAUUCAGGAGAACAAGCCAGCCAGUUUCUCUGGAACCAUGCGGGCAUACUCCAGUACCAAUGCCCUACAGAGUCUGCUAACAGGGGGUCCAGCUGGACAGCAAUACUGCUCCAAGGACAUGAUGCUGGGACAGGAGCGGGAAAGCCAUCCUAUGAUUGGUCAAGCUACUAAUGGAGUGGGCUCCAACCAUCACAGCCACCACCCCGGUCACCACAAUGGCCACAGCCACAGCCACAAUGGACCUCAUAGUCACAGCUCAGCUCAUAGCCAUAACAGAACUCACAGCCAUACCCCUAACCAUAAUCACAACAGUGUAACCAACCACAACUCACCUCACAGCCUCGUUCACAACAGUCGCAACCUCAACCAGAGCCAUAACCACACACCCCCCCAGGCUGCGGCCCUGACUCCACGUGGCAACAGCAAUCAGCUGCAUACCUACAACCACAAAGCUCCCUACCUGUACAGCCCCCCAUCACAUGCCCACCUCCCCGCCUCCACCACCCUCCCCCCAAACCCAGCCGGUAUGCUCGGCAUGCCCCAGGACUCCUGCCAUGUGGCCACCGCCCCGCACCCCCGUCACAACCAUUACCCUGACCCACAGCACCAAGGCAUGACUAACGGACCUUACCACCACGGCCAGGGGAUGGGGAACGGUAGCAUUGGUAGCAACUACCACGGCUAUCACCAACCUCAUCCCCAUGAGAGACUACCAGCUGACUUGGACAUUGACAUGUUCCACGGGAGCUUGGACUGUGAUGUGGAGUCCAUCCUCCUCCAUGACAUUAUGGACUCUGGGGAGGAGAUGGACUUUAACUUUGACUGCUCCCUAGCCCAGGGUGUGGGCAUUGGCAUGGGUAUGGGCAUGGGUGUGACCAUGGGCAUGGGGAUGGGAAUGAGCAGUCUGGCCGGUCCACAGCAAGCCCAUAGCAACCAGAGCUGGGUGCCUGGCUGAAAGCCUAGGAUGACACGUCCCAUCCUAAGAAAGAACAACCCCACCCAUGAAGCACUGUGCUCAACUGUGACAUUCCUGACUUGACACAGAGACUAUACGACCAAUGCUCCUGUCUCUCUUUGUUGUCUUGACAGUUCUUCUGUCACCCCCC